AUGUUGGUCUACUGCACUGUCCUGCUACUCCUAGCCCUUCCUUUCUCCUCAGCCAAUGAGUGUAUCAAAUACUCAUGCAGUGCCUGUGCUUGCUACGAAUGGGAAAAUCCCUCCCCAACCGUCACUGCUGAGCCCUCUCCCACGCCUACAGGCCCUGCAAAUCUCAUCAUUAAUGGCGGGUGGGAGUGGUUUGAUGGCGGUGGCAUUGCUCCGUGGAUCUCAAAACAAGGUACUGGUGGAUCCAGGCCUGCGAACAACGACGAUGAGCCAUACGCGACUCCAUACAUCCCAUAUCAUUCCCGCAGCGGUAAAUGGCUCCUCAUCAUGGGAAACCCCACAGACUGGCAGGGAAACGUUAUAGCCGAAACCAUGUCCCAGACGGUCAGCCUGGUAAGCGGAACCGAGUACCGCUUCGAGGCUUACUACACUCUCUUGUUCCUCCCCAAGACAACGACUACAUGCCGCCUGUGGGCGUCAAUUGAUGAGGUUGAGAAGGGGGGAGUGACUGUUGGCAACAGCGAUCUUGGAGACCCCUAUAACUUCGAUUUGAUCACCUUUCUCUACACACCUUCGACUACUGGGGACAUCACAGUGAGCAUACAAUUCAUGUGUAAUGAUGCUACUUACGAGGACGGAAGUAUGGUGGGCGUGGACGACAUCAGCCUGACGGAAGUAACCACCGCAUGA